AUGAACUGCGCACAGCUUCUUAUGCGCAAUAGCCUGCGGGCAAACCGCACCGCCUUUGCCAAAUCUGCUUCUUCACAGUCUCGGUGCUUCAGAACAAGACCAGCGUCAUCAGUAUCCCGAACGAUCCACCGCAGACACAUUUCCUCGACCGUCCCUCGUCACAAGACGCCGUCAGCCGAUGAUCCCAACUUUGUAUCGAUUGUCGAUUUGCAGCCGCAGACUGUGCGCGCGGGGAAGCGCCAUGGCGCCGGAAUCAUUCUUCUCGGUUCGCAGCAGCCCUACUCCCAAUGCCCCCUCAUGCCCAUCACCGCCUUCAUCCUCGGCACAUGGCAGGUCCAGCGCCUCGGCUGGAAAACCCGCCUCAUCGCCAAAUCCGAAGACCGCCUCGUCCGCGAUCCCCUUCCCCUGCCGCCACACAUCGACCCCUCCGUAAUCAGCGACUUCGACUUCCGCCGCGUCCUCGCCACGGGCACGCUGCGUCACGACCAGGAGAUGCUCGUGGGCCCGCGCAUGCGCAACGGCGAGGACGGCUACAUGGUCAUCACGCCGCUGGAGCGCAAGGAUGGCUCCACGAUUCUCGUCAACCGCGGGUGGAUCAGCAAGAAGCAUCGCAGCCAGCGGACAAGGCCGGACAGCUUGGUCAAGGGAGAGAUCACGAUCGAGGGACUGCUGCGCGAGCCGUGGAAAAAGAACAGAUUUACUCCUGAAAAUAGGCCCGACAAGGGGGAGUUCUACUUCCCCGAUGUCUACCAGAUGGCUGCCUUGACCGGAAGUCAGCCGGUGUGGGUAGAAGCUACUAUGGAGCCCGAAUUUUUACGCAUGAUGGAUUAUGAAGCCCGCGGUAUUCCCUUUGGGCGACCCGCCGAGGUCACCCUGAGGAACAACCACGCCCAAUAUAUCUUUACAUGGUAUGGGCUGAGCUUUGCCACGUCAAUCAUGCUAUACAUGGUGCUCAAGAAGCCUCCGUCCAACAUUGCACGCCGUGUCCGAGCGAGCGGGGGCAUGUAA